AUGACUAGCGUUGAAAGGUCUGGUUGGCAGGGGCUUCCACAGAAGAUCCAAUACAUAGUCGCCGUACUGGUCAUAUCUUGGCUGCGUAUCAAUUCCUACCAAAUCGGUAUCCCAGGGCUCCGGAUUGUCAGAUACGUCGAGAGUGGCCCAUAUGAAGCCCUGGUUGUCGACACGGACAUGAAAUGGAAAGAGGCCAUUCUCGUUCUUUUCAAAUUCUCUCAGAUCGAUAGUUCGGUUGCUGAUCCCGCGAGUCUAGAGUGA